UGAGUCUUUUAUCUAUCUAUCUAUCUAUCUCAUCCAUCUAUCUCCAUCUAUCCAUCUAUCUAUCUCAUCUAUCUAUCAUAUCUAUCUAUCUAUCUAUCCAUCCAUUCAUUUAUCUAUCCAGUCAUCCAUCGUUUAUCUUUCUCCAUUCAUCCUAUCUGGGUCUGUUUUAUCUAUCCAUCCAUCCAUCUAUCCAUCUGAGUCUGUUUAUCCAUCCAUCUAUCCAUCAUAUCCAUCCAUCCAUCUAUCUAUCUAUCUAUCUGAUCUGUUUAUCUAUCCAUCCAUCCAUCCAUCUAUCUAUCCAUCAUCCAUCCAUCUAUCCAUCCAUAUCUAUCUAUCUGGGUCUGUAUCCAUCCAUCCAUCUCAUCCAUCCAUCCAUCCAUCCAUCCAUCUAUCUAUCUGGGUCUGUUUUCCAUCUCAUCUAUAUCCAUAUCUAUCUAUCUAUCUAUCCAUCCAUCCAUCUAUCUAUCUAUCAUCUCAUCAUGAGUCUGUUUAUCCAUCUAUCCAUCCAUCCAUCUAUCUAUCUAUGGGUCUGUUUAUCUAUCUAUCUAUCUGAGUCUGUUUAUCUAUCUAUCUAUCCUAUCCAUCCAUCUAUCUAUCUAUCUGAGUCUGUUUAUCCAUCUAUCUAUCUAUCUAUCUGGGUCUUCUCAUUUAUCUAUCUAUUCAUCUAUUCAUCUAUCUAUCUAUCUAUCUAUAUCUAUCUGAGUCUAUCAUUUAUCUCAUUUAUCUAUCUAUCUAUUCAUUCAUCAUCUGAUUCAUUUAUCUAUCUAUCUAUCUAUCUAUCUAUUAUCUAUCUAUCUAUCUAUCUGUUUUUCUAUCUAUCUUCUGUUUAUCUAUCUAUCUAUCUGGGUCUAUUUAUCUAUCCAUCCAUUUAUCUAUCUAUCUAUCUAUCUAUCUGGGUCUGUUUAUCUAUCUAUCUGAGUCUAUCUAUCUAUCUAUCUAUCUAUCUGGGUCUGUUUAUCUAUCUAUCUGAGUCUGUUUAUCUAUCUAUCUAUCUAUCUAUCUGGGUCUGUUUAUCUAUCUAUCUGAGUCUGUUUAUCUAUCUAUCUAUCUAUCUAUCUAUCUAUCUAUCUAUCUAUCUAUCUGGUCAUCUAUCUAUCUAUCUAUCUAUUUAUUCAUCUGAUCUAUUUAUCUAUCUAUCUAUCAUCUAUAUCUAUCUAUUCAUAGAUAUCUGCGCACAUCGAUAG